AUGCGUUUCACCACUGCCACUAUCGCCUUCUUCGCUGGCCUUGCCAUUGCCGCCCCCGGUGCCGACCAGACCGUCUACGAGACCGAUGAGGUGACCAUCACCUCUUGUGCUCCUACUGUCACCGACUGCCCCGGCAACCCCGGUGCCGGCGUUGAGCCCACUGGCAGCACCACCCCCUCCAGCGUUCCCGCCGCUGUCACCACCCCCGCUGGUGAGGCCUCCUCCGAGACCCCCGCCCCGUCCGCUGAGACCCCCGCCUGGUCUUCCGAGACCCCUGCCUGGUCCUCCGUUCCCACCUGGGCUCCCUCCAGCGCUUCCUCCAGCGCUCCUAGCGCUCCCUCCAGCGCCCCCAGUGCUCCCGCUUCCAGUGCUCCCGCCCCCGUGGUCUCCUCCAGCGUGAUCGCCAUCACCACCUGCGUGCCCACCGUCAUCUACUCCACCGUGCCCGUUUCCGCCAGCACCCCCGCUAGCAGCAGCGUCCCCCACGGCCCUACCGGCGGUGUCCCCCACGUUCCCUCCAGCAGCAAGGGUGUUGCCACCAGCACUGCCUCCGUCUCCCCUGCUACCUCCUCCCCCGCCUUCAACGGUGGCGCUACUCUCAGCGGCUCCCUCGGCUUCGCCGGUGCCGCCGCCGUUGCCGCCUUCUUCCUGUAA